GGUAAAAUUAAUGAGAGUACACACACUUACUAAAAAGUGAUUAUUCCAUUUAUAGAACAAAAGAAAAACCCAAAAAGAAUACAAUUAAAUUUUAGAAGGAAUUAAUAACAAGGCAAUAGCACGUGACACAAACUUGUACAAAGUAUACUUUUCCAACCUUGUUCAAUAGAAUUUUCUCCUUUCUUUUUUUCUCUCUCUCUCUCUCUCUCUUUAUAUAAAUGGUAUGUAGCAUUCAGUGCUAUCACUGCUUUAACUGAGCUCAAUCACCACCCCCAAAUCUCAACCCCACCCUUAAAAAAAAAAAAAGAAAAAAAAAAUGAAAAAAGAAAUUUUAGGGGAUGAUAUUCUUAAUAAUUGUGAUAAUAAUAACAUACAAGAUCAAGAAAGUGAAGAACUAAGAAGAGGGCCUUGGACACUUGAAGAAGAUAAUUUGCUCAUCCAUUAUGUUGCAUGUCACGGUGAAGGUCGAUGGAAUUUAUUGGCUAAAUCAGCAGGGUUGAAAAGAACCGGAAAAAGCUGUAGAUUAAGAUGGCUUAAUUACUUGAAACCGGACAUUAAGCGCGGUAAUCUUAGUACACAAGAACAACUUUUGAUCCUUGAACUUCACUCCAAAUGGGGUAACAGAUGGUCAAAAAUAGCAGCACACCUACCAGGAAGAACAGAUAACGAGAUCAAAAACUAUUGGCGAACGAGGGUGCAAAAACAGGCUAGACAUCUCAAUAUGGAAUCUAAUAGCCAAAGUUUCAUAGAUGCAAUUAGGUGUUUUUACAUGCCUAGAUUGGUGCAGAAAAUGGAGCAGAAUUCGACUGAACAUACAACUCCGAAUAAUGCUGAUCAAUGUGAUCAAGUCGCGGCUUCUUCACACAUUGUACCAUCAUCAACAACCAAAUUAGAGGACAUCAACUUUGAUAGCACUAAAGAUACUUCAAGUUCAAACACCAGCCUAUCAAGUGUCCCGGAAUUUCAAGACCAACCAACUAAUAGUAAAGGCAGCUCCUCUGUUGUACUAGAUGAUAUUCAUUGUGUGAAUAGCUGUAACUAUGACAUGGACUUGGGUUCCAUGUCAGCAUCCGAUAUUCCGUUCUCCGGCUGCCACAUGGAUGGAAACGAUUGGCUCGAUAAUGAUAUGGCAGGGGAUGGCAUGUGGGAUUUGGAUGAGUUGUGGCAGUUUAGGAAGUACGAAAAAGAUGUGGGCAUCUAAACAUGAAAGAAAUGGGCCCUUUUUCAAAAAUGAAUCAUAUCCAGCCCCCUUUUUUUUGACAUAGGCUUCUGAUAAGUAUCUACUCCGUAUUAUGUACCCAGCUAAAAGUAUAUAUUCGUGUUUUUAUUUGUACGUAAUAUUUUAUGUUUCUUUUAGGUAAGAUACCCCUAAAGUAAGCUGGGUGAGAAUCCAUCCUCGGCCUUCCACUUUUCAACAGAACUAAUACGAAGUAUGUAUGUAAUAAGUAAAUAGUAAUGUAUAUAUGAUGUAAUGUAAUGUUGUUUUAGUUGUAGGUGCAGAAAUAAUCCAUUUUUAGCGUGGUAAAUUCUGUACCAAAAAAAGUGUUGAUUAAUAAUAAGUAAAAAAUAAGUAUAAUACUCGUACA